AUGGCCGUGUUGGGGCCGUGUGUAAGUGUAAAUAUGAAUGGGCACAAUAAUAUUCAUAGUCAGUUAACAAAAUCGUUAGAGAGAAUUUUGGAAGAUGCUUAUUUGAGUGGUGAAUUAAAACUAAGUGGACGCAAGUUGAGGGAGUUUCCGAAACCAGUGAAGUAUGACCUGAGCGAUACAGUUGUAGCUGAUCUAUCCAAAAAUCGAUUCAGUGAAUUACCAGAUGAACUCACGUCCUACGUGUUUUUAGAGAAGUUACUAUUAUCACAAAACAUCAUCAGAACAGUCCCAAAUGCAGUUGGAGGUCUCCAAUCACUCACAUAUUUAGAUUUAAGUUCAAACCAGCUCACAGAAUUACCACGUGAAGUAUGCCAGAUGCCACUUCAAGUGCUCUUAGUACCCGACAAUAUGCUAAGUACGUUACCGAAGGAGAUUGGCAAGAUGACCUCGUUGGCGGAGCUGGAUGCCUCGAACAACAGGCUCACGCAAGUCCCCAUGACCCUUGGGGAUUGCGCUGGUCUGCGGGCACUCGACCUUAGCAAUAAUCAGUUGGGACUACUGCCGUUACAGAUCACAUACCUCAGGCUGGAACACCUGGACGUGAGCUGCAACUGCAUAUCUUCACUGCCACUGGAACUCCGAAAUAUGAACACAAUAGUUACGCUUAAUCUGGACAACAAUCCCCUCGUUUCCCCACCUACAACAAUAUGCAUGCGCGGGCGUGUGCAUAUAUUCAAGUACCUAGAAAAUAUGGCGAAUAAAGACUCGUUGCCAGCACAUAGGCGAAUGGACGACACACGACGGUCAGCUAAACACAGUUCUUACAUCAAUAACUCCCCAAACCAAAGUACGACGCAUCAGAUCACUUCGGGCAACGCUACCAUAGACUGCUUGAGGCAUAAGCCAAGACAUGUCGUUGAUAGUGGAUACAGCACCGAUGGAGUCGACAAACGAUGGUCUAAUGAUGGUGGCGGCGAGGCCGGUGGAGGGGGUGGCAGUGGACGUUCAACUCCCAGCACACCAUCCACAUUGUCACCAGGUGCAGCCCUGUCCAGGGCACAGUCGUUAUCCAGUGAGACACCUCUCGCCCCACUCACCCCUUUACUAUCCGGCGUCCGUAUUUCACCUGAUGGGAACAUGUCGAAUGGCGACGAUAAGAGUAAAUUAGCCCAUCAACAAACCUACAGACAAUACAAAGAAGCCUUAAGACAGCAGCGUCAACAAGACAUCUACCGCCCUCGCACGGACCAGCCGUCUCCCGAGCUGGACUCCUCCCCGCACUCCCAAAACCAGAGCCCCAUCCACCAGAAAUCCUCCCACUCCCCAGUCAACGGAUACAGCAGUAAUGUAUCACCUAGUCUAUACAAAACCGCCUCUUCCAAUAGUAGUCUAUCCAAUACCUCAUCCCCAAAUCUAUCCCAAGUGCCAAAUUCCCCCCUCCUACACUCAACCCCCAGAAGAUACCAAAAUCAGUCAACAAAUGGAAACGGUGUUAUUGAAAAACAAGAAGAGAACAAAAGGCCCGUGCAGAAAGUAGUGCCAUCGAGAAAUGUGAAUAGUAAGGUGUACUCGACUGUUAAUGGGAACGUAGAAUAUAAUGGACGCGUUAAUGGUCAGACAGAUACGUAUAUAAAACCUACGUCUCCCUCAAAAUCUCCUACAAAUACCAUUGGGUACAAUAGUUUAGGCAAAUCGAGUAUACCGCGGCAAGUCAACGGCGACAGUACUAAAGUGUUGACGACUAGUGUGUCGUAUUUAAAAGGUGCUGCGCCAAAGCCCCCCGGUAAGAUGGCGUGGAAUAAAGACGCUCCGGUGGACAAACUCAGCUUUACUAUGAAGAGGGAGUUUGAUAAGCAGAAGGAAGAGUUGGAUUUAUUGACGCAAUUACGAUCGAUAAUCGAGUCCCGCCUGAAGAUGUCGCUGCCGGAGCAGUUGGCGCCGGUCCUGAGUGACGGCGUAGUGCUGUGUCACCUCGCCAACCACGUGCGGCCGCGCUCCGUCGCGUCCGUGCACGUGCCCUCGCCUGCACAGCCCAAACUAACAAUGGCUCGAUGUAGAAGAAACGUGGAUAACUUCCUAGAAGCGUGUCGAAAAAUUGGAGUAGAAGAGGAGGUCAUCUGUUCGCCCGACGACAUACUGGGGACCCUGCACUCUGACGGAGACGCCAGUGUCGGGCCUCUCGCUCGCACAGUCACCGCACUGCUCACACACGCCACGCCGCACGACGCUAGUAGGGAUAUCAGACCCCACGCACACAACGAUACACUCUCGCACCAACAUAGCGACGACUACUACUCCGGCGAGGACCCCGACUCCUCCAUCGAAGUCAAUUACCAAAGGCAGCUCCGAAGAUACUCCGAAGAACGAUUCAUUAGCAACUUCAAUUUCUCUGACAACAAUCAACAUUACACCAUCGAUGAAUCCGAGGAAUAUCAAAACAACGAGAACAAUAACACGGAUUCUGGCAUACACUACUCACCGGUUUAUGGAACAAAUGAACUAAGGAACAGAGGACCCUAUUACCAGACCAAUAGAGUCCAAUUCGUGACGCCUUUCUGCAAGGAGGAUCACGUACUAAAAAGCGAUAAUUUCGAAAUAUACGAUACUGACGAAGUUGAUUUUCCGACGGAAUUGUUGAGGGAAGAGGUUGAUACUGAGAGAUAUGACAGGGGUAAAAUGAAUCUCCAAAUACAGAAUAAUCUGAACAGUGUGAUUUCUACUGAGACUGAGGCUCCCAAGGAGGUCGAGAACAAAGUUCUUUUCACUUGUCUUUGCCUUGGCACGUUCUUCGUGUCCACCAUUUUGCUAAUCAUGUACCCGUUGUAA